AUGGGGCGCAAUAACCAACCUAAAUUCUUAAAAAGAAGAGCAAGAGGCUGGGGUAUUUACCGAAGGAGAUAUAGUAAUUGGUCUGAAGAAGUCAGUUCUGGCAUUCAUCCUUCAUCUCACCAGCAGCAAGAUGGAGAUCCUGAAACAAGUGAUGCUCCUGUGGACACAGCAGUAAGAUAUGCUCCCUAUGCCAUUCCACCCUGUCAUCGGAGAGGCACUUUUCAGAAACAAGGCCAAUCCCACAUUAACAUGGAGAGAGAGCAAAAGCCUCCAGAGAGAAAAAUGGAGGGGAACAAGCAGGAUGAGACCUCGGGGACCUGGUUCAAGAUCAUGGUUCCAUUUGGCGUAAAAUAUGAUGAGAAGUGGCUGCUCAGUUUGAUUCAGAAGCAAUGCAGUGUCCCCUUCACCCCAGUUGAUUUUCACUAUGAGAAAAUGCAGGCCCAGUUCUUCGUUGAGAAUGCCAACAUUGCCUUUGCAUUGAAGAAUAUCAACGGCAAGAUUUGGGAUAAGAAUAAUGAAAGGAUAUCUAUCUUUGUCAGCCCCUCUGAUGCACCCUGCUCUGUGCAGAAGGAGCUGAAGUCAGAAAAGGUGAAGCAGAUAAAGUUACUGACCAUGAACAAGCGAUAUGAUGUCUCCCAGCAAUCUCUUGAAGUCCAGAGACUCCACUUUGACCCUGCCUUGGUGACCCUUGGUGUGGAAAUGGUCCCGAAUCCUAGAAAUGACACGGCUGCCUCCCUGCAGAUCCAUGAAGAGAGCAUGCUCAAGGUGAAGUCUGCAGGGAAGUUGGACAAGGGCAAAGGGCUGAAGCCAGAAGAGAUGAGCGCAGACAGAAACUCCCUGUGCACCACCUUCCCAGAUAAGUCAACCAACAUAAGCUCCAUCCUGGAAUUGUUCCCCAAGUUGUUAAGCUUGGAUAGCCAGGAGUCAUGCCCACCAACUAACUUUGGUAUUGAAGCCCACAAGAGGCUACCAACCUGCAAGGGAAGCUUCUUUGAAUCUGAUGCGCUGAAGAGUCUGGUUCUGCAAUUCCUGCGGCAAUAUUACCUGAUCUAUGACUCUGGAGACCGACAGGGUCUUCUCGGUGCUUACCUUGACGAGGCCUGUUUCUCCCUGAGCAUCCCUUUCAACCCCGAGGACCCAGCCCCAAGCAGCUUGUGCGAGUACGUCAAGGAUAACAGGAAUAUAAAGAAGCUCAAGGACCCCCACCUGCGGCUUCAGCUGUUGAAGUGUACAAAACAUGACAUCGUGCGCUCUCUCUGUGUGUUGCCCACAACUCAGCAUGACUUCAGCUCCUUCGUGGUGGACCAGUGGCUCCAGACGGAAAGGGUGCUGUGCUUCUCUGUCAACGGGGUGUUCAAGGAAGUGGUAGGAAAGUCUCAGAGUUCUGUUCGUGCCUUCACACGGACCUUCAUCGCUAUCCCUGCCAGCAGUUCCAGUCUAUGCAUCCUGAAUGACCAGCUGUUUGUGAGGGACGCCACCCCCAAGGAGACUCACAGUGGGCUCUUCAUCCCAGUUCCCACACCCGCCUCCAGCUCUGUGCCCACCCUCUCCCAGGAGCAACAGGAAAUGGUGCAGGCUUUCUCCACCCAGUCCGGCAUGAACCUGCAGUGGUCUCAGAAGUGCCUUCAUGAUAGCCACUGGGACUACACCAAAGCCGCACAGGUUCUCGCUCUGCUCAAGGCCCAGUGCAAGAUCCCAGAGGAGGCCCUCACACAGACUGAUCCAGGAUCCUGAGAGCACAGCCCUGACAAGAAGCCCUUGGGUUUUGUCAUCUUCAUCCUCAUCACUUUUGUUGUGUUUUUCCUUUACUAUGAG